AUGCUGCUUGUUUUAAUGGGCGUUGUCGGUACGAAGUGCGAGAAUACUUGUAGCUCUAAUACAACGACUACGAGGCAGGAAUGGGGCACAUUGAGCGGAGAUCAGCGCACUGAGUAUAUCAAUGCAAUAUGGUGUCUCAGAAAUCGCGAAUCCGUACUCCCAUCUUCGGAUUACCCUGGGGUCCGCGAUCGCUUGGAUGACUUUGUGGCAACCCACAUAAACUAUACAACAAGCAUUCAUGACAAUGGCGUUUUUCUUCCGUGGCAUCGGCAUUUUCUUUUCCUCUGGGAACGCACUUUGCAGGAAGAAUGUGGCUACACCGGUGGCGUUCCAUACUGGGACUGGUCGCUAGAGACUUCAGACCUCUCCAAAAGCCCAGUCUUUGACGGUAGCGCCACAUCGCUAUCAGGUAACGGUGUAUACGAUAGCGCCACAUGUCAUGACAAUUGCAGCAGCUCCGAAACCUCCGGGCGACGCUGCGUGACUUCCGGCCCCUUCAAAGACUAUAAAAUACAUCUCGGUCCGUUCAACAACACGUUCGAUCUCAAUAGGCCGUUAUGGCCUCCAGGAUUCGACUACAAUCCCAGGUGCCUCGAGCGCAACCUUCAACCGUGGUAUCUGGCGGAUUACGCCAAUAAAUCCUCUCUUAACAGCAUGACGAACGCGAAAGAUAUUAACGAGUUACUGACUUUCUUGAAUCCGAGCCGUCUGGGCGCUCACGGCGCCCACAGUGGUGGACAUUUUGCGGCAGGAGGUACCAUGGCGGAUCAGUAUGCGUCGCCACAAGAUCCAGCGUUUAUGCUCCAUCAUGGGAUGGUGGACCGCAUGUGGACCUUGUGGCAGAAUGGCAAUAUGGACAAUCGUCGCUACGCGCUUAAUGGUACCGCGGUGAUGCAUGAUGAUCCGACAAUGCCCCUAGUGACGCCCGACUUUGUCACGGAGUUUGGACCGUUGGAUCAGCCGCGAGCGCUUCGGGAGUUAAUGGAUCCCAUGAGAUAUAUGUAUUGUUAUCGCUAUGAUUGA